AAUUGAUUUAUGUAAAGGAAUAAAAGGGUCCACCAACCAAAGGCAUUGAUGGGGUCAACAAAGAUCAAGUCAAUAGUCUCCACCUUUGUACAAGUCAAGGCAUCUCAUCUCCUCCAAUUCUACAAGUCAUAUUCAAAAAACGCAUCCACAGCCAAAACUCAACCUCCUAAAAUUGUCUGGUUUUAAGACAUCCGGUUUUAAGACAUCCUCCACACUUUGAAUGCAGUGCACCUGAAUAACAGAGAUUCCAAGGACGAUGGGUGGCAAGUUUCAUGCUGAAGCAGAUCUUGAUUAUUCCAUGGAAUCAGAAACGAUGUCCACUACAACUCAAUCAUCUUUGGACAAUCAGGGUGGCAGAAACAAAGACAAAAUACAAGUAGAGAAGAAGAUGAAGAAACUGAGAUCAAUCAAGCUCUCAAGAGUUCCAUCAGCAAGAAAGGGAAAUCAAUUUCGAUCCAAGUUAUCAAGAUAUGCAGCAAGCUCGGAACAAUCUACUCCUAUAGACAUGUCUGAUGCGUCACCAAAUCAUAUCCAUGCCACAAAGUCGGAGAAUUUUCAGGUAUUACCGACAGCAGAAUCGGGUUUUAAGCUUCUUAGAAGUGUAACCAGAAAGUCCAGCAUGAAAUUCAGAAGGCCACAGAUGAAAUUUUCUGGAGGAACUGAGUUGAAGAAGAAAGGGAAGAAAUCAUCUAGGAGAGAGGUAAAUUCUCAAGAUUCAUCAACUCAUUACUUGAAUGAAACUAGUUCUGAUAUGAAGAAGGAGCAGUUACAAGCGAGUUCCUGUUAUUCUGGAUCUAGUUUCGAUAGCAGUGAUCAGGAUAACAACAUUUCUGCAAACGCAAUACAGUUAGCUUAUCCUGGUAAUAAGUCCGUUAGAGUUGUAAGAACAUCUAGUUUAGGACCUAUGAAGAAGUUAACUAAAAUGGCAAGUUUAAGAUCUAAGAGGACAAAGAAAUGCUCUUCCAUUUCAGACCCAAACGUAGAGAGAGCUACCUGUUCCUCCACACUCAAAGCUUCCAAAUUUCCAGAUCAUUUAGAGAUUAAACCAGGAGGAAAUGAAUCCGAUGGAACUGCAGUCUUGAAUGUCUGCCGAUACAGUUAUUGCUCUCUUCAUGGUCAUCACCAUGGUGACAAACCUCUAUUAAGGAGGUUUGUCUCGAUGAGGAGGCGGGCCGCCAAGAGCCAGAAAAGCUUGAAACCAGACCACCGUCAAACCUCUGGUAAUAGAAAGAAAGGAGCCCAGACAGAGAAAGGAGUCCCUGAUGGGGAUCUUGGGGUUGCAUUUCAACAAACUGUUGAUAUCAGAGAGAUCCCUUCCAUACCAGCAACGGAGGGAAUGGAGGGCAGUGAUUUUGUAGAUUUGGCCGAGAGUGUGCCUGGUGAAUCAUCAUGUCCAAGUCAUGAAGAGCAUCUGCAGCAAAGUAAUAACCCGCUUAAAGUAGGACAGCAAAGUCCAGGGACAUUUCAAGCAUUCAAACACAUUGAUGUUGAUUGCAGUGGAAUUGGAGAACAACAAAAGGCAAAAUGUGAUACCCCUGGCACCAACAUCGAAGAGACUAGAAGAAUCAACAAUGGAGACCGUAAGUCCAUUCACGCACCGGGCCGUCCCGAAGGUGGAGAUGUUACUUCACAAGAGUUUGGAGACCCAUCACAGUUUGCCAAUUUGUCCUUGAAGCCAGAUGACACCUGCAAUGCCUGUGUUCCAAUGGGAAAAGAAUCUCACAAAGAUAUUAAUGAUGCUCCUGUUACUGGGAUGAUGGAAGAACCAGCUUCAACCAUCGAUAAGAAAGAAGAUUCGGACCUUGAUAGUGGAAUCCUGCAACCUAGAGAUCGUAUGGCUUCUACUAGUAGUACUGACGUGGCACGCAAAACAGAGAUGGAAAAUCAGAAGAAUUUCACAUUUUGGAAAUUAAUAUACCGGCAUAUGGUCACAGGUCUUGAUGCUGAACCUGAAAUUCAAACUCCUCGUCCUGGAACGAAUGCAGAAGAACAAGUAGACGAUCUGCAUCAUACACAUGGAAAGAAUGACUCUUGUCAGGAAAUUUUACAGGAAGAUAAGGCCACGAGCAUCAAUGAUCAUGAUGCAAGCAACCGGAAGCUUGAGUUCAGCCAAAGUGAUGCCAUUAAGCUGGUACAGCAAGCAUUUGACAAGAUCCUCUCUGAAAUUCCAGACCAUCCAUCAGAUGAUCAAACAAUUGUUAGUGAGAAAACUUCAGAACAGGAGCUCUUGUAUCAGAAGCAAGAUGAAGGCAAAGAGAACAUCUCAACUUCCUCUAAUUCCAUUGAAGAGUGUAUGGUACAGAAUCAAGAAGAAAUGAAGAUUAAAGGUGAUAAAGAAAUUGCAUCUGAAGAAGUGAAAGCAGCCCCAAAGGAAGGAAAAAUGUCUGACAAGCAAAUCCCAAGCAGCUGGAGCAAUCUGAAAAAGAUCAUAAUCCUCAGGAGAUUUGUCAAGUCAUUAGAGAAGGUGAGGAACUUAAAGCCAAAAACAAUACGUUAUCUUCCUACAGCCAAAGACCCAGAAGCAGAAAAAAUUCAACUGAGGCAUCAAACUGAGAAAGAGAGAAAAAACGCCGAGGAAUGGAUGCUUGACCAUGCACUUCGUCAAGUGAUUUCAACACUGGCUCCAUCUCAGAAAAGAAAAGUUGCUAUGUUGGUACAAGCUUUUGAAACCGUCAUCCCAGCAGAAAAUGGAGAUGAUGUGAGGUCCAAUGCAGCAGCUUCUUCUCCUACAACUUCUGUUCAAGCCUAUAAUGAGUUCUCAGUUGACAAUGGUGCUGGCAUGCCAAAUGAAAAUGGUUCAGAAAUCUCCCCGGAAAAACUAUUGCAGUCUGAAAUGGAUUCCACAGAUGAUCGUGGCCAAGUCACUGAAUCCAAUAUAGCAUACCAGAAAUUGACAAAAUCAUCUCCGGAUUCUAAAGAAACAAGUCUUCUUUGUAGCAGCAAAGAACAACCGUUGUCUGUAGCAGGCUCAGAAAUGAGCGGUACAGACAUGAACAAAGAAGAUACUAAUGCAGUUGGUGAAAAUAAUGGGAAUGAAGUUUCAAUUGUCGACCUCUCUUUGUCAGAACUUGAAAAACUCAGACCAGCUGAUAAGUCCUUAACUGAUGAGGAUGCAAUAAGGACUUCUCAUGACAAAAUUUUCCCAGUAAAUGAAGAAGUUAUCCCGAAGGAAAAAAUUUCAGCUCAUAGCUCAGAAGUCUGCAAUUCGGGUUCUGAAUUUGAUAUAAAGGAGAUGGAUUUGGAAUCUGGUGACUCAAGUAAUUCACCUGAUCAGCAACCUGGUACACCGGGAUGGCCAACAGAAAUUGGUGAAGGAGUUCAGCCAAAAUAUAAAUUCCUCCAUUCACCACUUGAACAACCCGAGUCAUAUUUCGCAGCUGAUAUUUCUAAGUCGGAAAGACAAAAAUACACGAGGCUUUGGUACUUAAUAUAUAAGCACAUGGUGUCAGGUGGUGCCACGGAAAAUGGAUCACAACGGCUUCAGAGUUUAUCGGAUGAGGAAGUACAAGGCGAUGAUGCCAGCAAACAUUCUAGAGAGAACGACACAAAUGGUCACAGUUCAUUUGCAGCAGGUCAGGACAUGAUUGAGAAUUACUCACCAGACUGCAACAAUGAGAUUAUAAAGCUGGUAGAAGAAGCCAUUGAUGAGAUACCUCUCCCAGAAAUUCAACAAGGCACAUCAGAUAAUCAAUCAGUAAUUGGUGAUGUAGUUCCGGAUCAAGAACUUCCUGAGAAGAAACAUGGUCAAGAGGAGGUAAAAAUCAUCUCCAGUUCUGCUGGUUCUGCUAAAGAGACUUCUGAAGAAGCUAAAACCAUAAGAACAGAACUUUGUUCAACCUUGAAUUCUAAAGAGAAAACAUGGAGUUCUGAAAAUGUCAACACCAAAAUGGAAGCAAAAGGAGGGAAAGAUGAGGGAAUUAAAUCGAAGAAGAGAGUGCAGAGAAAUUGGAGCAAUCUGAAAAAAUUAAUCCUCCUCAGGAGAUUUGUCAAGGCAUUGGAAAAAGUCAGAGAAUUUAACCCAAGGGGACCUCGAUACCUGCCCCUAGAUCCUGCAGCAGAAUCAGAGAAAGUUCUCCUAAGGCAUCAGAAUAUGGGAGACAGAAAAAAUGCUGAAGAAUGGAUGUUAGAUUAUGCACUUCAACAAGUGGUUGCUAAACUAACUCCAGAAAGGAAGAGGCGAGUAGGGCUGCUUGUCGAAGCAUUUGAGACCGUCAUUCCGGCUAUAAGUUGAAAUCAUCCAAAGUGCAGAUAUACCUCCUCCAGCAACAACCAGUCAAAUUGGUGUCAGUUCACAAGGUAAGCACCAAGAACCCUGCAUUUCUUCAUCAUUUCUGGGAAAGAUGAUUUUAACAAUAAGGAAUCUGUAUAGCAACAGAGAAAGAAGCUAAAGCACUUUUUAAUACAAGGAACUCAUAAGUACAAAGCACACAAACGAGCCUACCAUUUUUAUACCUGAUUUUGUUUAAACUAAAAUGAUAUUAUUAUGAAAUUUCAGAGUAAGUCUUUGAAAGUUUAGAACCUCACUUGGUAGAGCAUUCAUAAGGAAAUUUCAUUGAUAUGGGAUAAAAGUGGGCUGCUAUUAUCUUUUAUUCAAGUGAAAAUUUGAACUCUUUGCAAUGAUGGUGAAACUUCAUUAUCUUUUCCUGCCGAAUAAUCUUGCAGGUAAGACCAAAAGAAGUGGCCAUUUCAUACGGUCAAUCUGAAUGAAACAGAAGCAUCAAUUCAUUCGGGUGAAACAUCACAGUAGGAAAAGAACAGAAAUUAGGAGGUAGAUUUAAGAGUCUGAGAAGUUGCAAGUUCCAUAUUUUUUCUGAAACCUCAAAGUAUAUUUUGAGCAUGCUUAUGAUGGGAAAGAAAAAUAAGAAUACCAUAUGUGUACUUGUAUAAGUAUGGUGUUGUUAGUCCUUUCUGAAAACUAGAGCAAUUGUUCUGAUAAAUGGUUAUGGAUGUCAGAGAUAACAUCAUGCCUGUCUGAAUGAGGAUCUUUACCAACUGCAGUAAGAGAUUGAAUCGAAA